AUGAAAAGCUGGCACAUAACGUUUGUAAUUUCUUUGGCCUAUUACCAAAGUGUGUAUCCAACAGAGGAUUUAGAAACCUUAAAACCCAUUCAGGAAGAAAAUGGCUCAAACAUAUUUUUGGAAAUUUUAAAUGAAGUGGAUAGAGAAAAACUCUUCAAUUCCAUGCCGUUUCUAUAUCGAGGCCGUAUCAAUGAUUCAAGAAUCAGGCAACUCUUCAUAUAUCCCAAGCCCAAGGUGAUUGGGACAUACAACCUGGAUUUUCUGUACCGCAAAGAAUUCAACAGCGAACUUUUAACAGUUUUCAUAGCCAAUGGGAUUUUGGAUUUUCAUUUGCUGCAGACAGCAGCAGAUGUUUUGGAUUAUCGCCGGCAGACCAGAAUUAUGGCUUUAGCUUUAAACAUUCAACAUCAAGAGAAGUUUAGGCAGGACUUUCUUCAGGCUUGUGCUAAAUAUAAAAUGACAAAUGUCUUAUUGAUUUUUGUGCCCGCGACUGACAAAGGAUCCUUGCAAUUUUAUGCCCUAAGGCCUUAUCCUCAAUAUCAUUGGCUGCCAAAGUCCUGGGGUGAUUUAAAGGGGAACUUAUAUUACCCCCAACAUUGGCGUAACAUGCAAAAUUCUACACUGCUAACCUAUACCAGCCAAGAUCCUCCGGUAGCCAUACUCUAUUACGAUAGCAAAGGUAAUUUGCAAAUCAAUGGCUAUGUGGCAAGACUGAUACUACUUUUUGCCCAGUUAUAUAAUGCCUCUCUGGAAAUGUACCAGCCACUGCAAUUAGAUGGCAUUUGCAGUCAGCAUGCCUUGAAUAUAUUGACAAAUUCUGGUGAUUUAGACAUACCCAUAGCUCUGGAUCCCUUAGUAAGAGAAGAUGAUGCGGUGCGGCACUCAACAUACUACGAACUAUCUGCUGGCCAAACCAUUGUGCCUUGCCCCUCGCCUUUGACUAUACGGCAAAUUUUUGGCUUGCUGCUGAAUGGUUACUUUUUUGGUUGUAUUCUGAUAUGCUCUCUGCUCUUAUCCAUUGCCCAUUCUCUCAUAGACUUUUAUUUCGAUGGCAUCUUUCACCACAUGAACUUUGUGCUCAAUGACAAAGUUUUCCCAGGAGUUUUGGGCCAAUCGUUCUCUGCGCGCUUGACACCUUGGCGCAGCCUGAAAAUUGUCUAUCUCUUGGUCUCAUUUGUGGGUAUAAACAUUGGCAUACAAUUCGCAGCAAAUAUGAAGACGCUAUUCACCAGCCCACCCUAUCACGACCGGGUCAAUACGCUCGAAGACUUGCGUCAUUCCUCAAUUAAGAUACUUUGUCCCGAAGAAAGUAUGGACACCAAACACUUUUUAGCCUUGUUUGGUCAUAGUUUGAUAAUAAGCAAAAAUACCACCAUGGUGUAUGAACACAUGAACCGUUUCAACAACACCUAUGGCUAUUUUGGCUUAACGGCUAACUGGGAUCUGUUUGCCCAACGUCAGCAGCACUAUGCGCAUAAGAAAUUCUGUCAAGUCAGUGGUUUUCGUUUUAUCGAAUUUCUAUCGCUCAGUGUGGCUUUGCCUCCCCACUCGCCACUCAAGGAGCCAUUGGACCAUUUGCUAUAUCGCAUCAAUGAAUUGGGCUUCAGAGAGGCCUGGAAGUCGAGUGUAUUCUACGAUAUGGUCAGAUUGAGAAAUAUAACCCUACUGGAUGAAAAUCAAACAAUUGAUAAGAGGGUACUGCGGGUGGAUGACCUGUUUUGGAUAUGGAUGAUUGAUGUCGUGGGUUUGGCUGUUAGUAGCCUGGUGUUCAUAGCGGAGCUGUUGAUAGCCUAUUGCAGGCAGGGAGGAAAACUAGCCUAA